AUGAAGAUCGGGCAGUACCCCGCGAGCAGCUGCUCCAAGGAGCACCAGAAGGUCUACCAGGAGUGGUUCGCGCUCGCGGACGCAGAUGGGGAUGGUCGCAUCACGGGCCCCGACGCGAUCAAGUUUUUCGGCAUGUCCAAGCUCUCCCGCCCCGACCUCAAGCAGGUCUGGGCUAUCGCGGACACCAGACGGCAGGGGUACCUGGGUUUCCCCGAAUUCGUCACGGCGAUGCAGCUAGUCUCUCUGGCACAAGCAGGGAAUGAGAUUACUCAAGAUAGCCUUAAACGCGAUGAUUUGGUCAGUUUGAAUCCACCUGUGAUGGAAGGUUUGGAUGCCCUACUUGCGAAAUCUAAGCAUUUGGUGAAGCGUGUUGAUCCAGAAAUGGAUGGAUACCCUCAGGAACAAUCCCAUUUAACAAACAAAUGGUUCAGCUCAACGUCAUCAAAGAAGAUACCUCUGACUGCUGUUACUUCUGUCAUUGAUGGCUUGAAAAAACUUUAUAUCGAAAAGUUAAAGCCUUUGGAAGUUACAUACAAGUUCAAUGAUUUCGUCUCCCCUUUGCUGACAAGUAGUGAUUUUGAUGCAAAGCCAAUGGUUAUGCUCUUAGGUCAAUAUUCUACUGGUAAAACAACUUUUAUCAAGCAUCUGCUAAGAACAAGCUAUCCAGGUGCCCAUAUUGGACCAGAGCCAACAACAGACAGAUUUGUAGUUGUCAUGUCAGGACCUGACGAAAGGACUAUUCCUGGAAAUACUAUUGCUGUUCAAGCUGACAUGCCUUUUAGCGGUCUUACAAUAUUUGGGACUGCAUUUUUAUCCAAGUUUGAGUGCUCUCAGAUGCGACAUCCACUGCUAGAGCAUAUCACAUUUGUUGACACACCUGGUGUUCUUUCUGGUGAAAAGCAACGCACGCAACGCAGCUAUGAUUUCACUGGCGUGACAUCAUGGUUUGCUGCGAAGUGUGAUCUUAUUCUUCUUCUGUUUGAUCCUCAUAAGCUUGAUAUCAGCGAUGAGUUCAAACGUGUCAUUGGAUCAUUACGUGGACAUGAUGACAAAAUACGUGUAGUUUUGAACAAGGCAGAUCAAGUAGACACUCAACAGCUUAUGAGAGUUUAUGGUGCAUUGAUGUGGUCUCUUGGGAAAGUAUUGAAUACACCUGAGGUUUCACGUGUUUAUAUUGGAUCAUUCAAUGACAAACCAGUAAAUGAAUCAGCUGUUGGUCCACUUGGAAAGGAACUAUUUGAGAGAGAGCAAGAUGAUCUCCUUUCUGAUCUCAAAGAUAUCCCCAAGAAAGCCUGUGAUCGUCGGAUCAAUGAAUUUGUUAAACGUGCUAGAGCUGCCAAGAUCCAUGCUUAUAUAAUAGGCCAUCUAAAGAAGGAGAUGCCUAUAAUUAUGGGCAAAGCAAAAGCCCAACGACGACUCAUAGACAAUCUGCCCGAUGAGUUUGCAAAGGUGCAACGGGAAUACCAUCUUCCGUCGGGAGAUUUUCCUUAUGUGGAGCACUUCAAAGAGGUCUUGAGCGGUUGUAGGUUCGACAAGUUUCAGAAGAGGGAGCGCAGGGAGCUGCGCGCUCAUCUCGGCUGUGGCCUGUGGGUCAGGCACGGCGCCGCUGGAUCAGUUGGCACUGGUGUGGGAGGCGGUGGCGCCAUUGCUAACGAACUGGAGCUCGGAGGACAUCGUCACAAGCACGGGGAGAGACGAGGAAGCACGGAGUACUCACCUAGGUCGUUCGUGGCGGCUCGGAGGAAACGGGGACGUCCUAGUGCUCGACAGGACGGCUCUGUCGUCCUAGAUGCGAGACUCGGCAUUGGUCUAGGCACGACGGCGAAGCAACAGAAGGCGUCCGCGGCGACGGCUCGAGCGAAGGGCGGCUACGGCUUGGCUUCCAAGCUGGACGACGAGGCAGCACGGGGUCCUGGCCCAUAUUUAUGA